AUGGAAGCCAGCAAUUUGGUUUGUGUAGAAGAUGGCUCCGUGGAGCUCCUGGAGCUCACUUGGCCACCUGUGAGCCCCGCCGACGACGAGGACACCCUACGAGCCACUUGCCUUUGUUACGCCGUCAUGCGUCGUCCUGGGGGCUUUCUUCUCUGCCUGCCCUCGGGUUUCCUGCCUGCCGACCUCCUGCGUGCCGGGGAGGAAGCAAGUGCCACCGACCUGGUUGGCCUGUCUCUGAGCAUCGCCGUUCCGCCUAUCAGCUUGACCGAAGAAGGCGAGUGGGUCCGCCCUACCGACACCACUCCGGUCCCGGCUUUGGUGGUAGACUUGUCAGAUACUGCUGCCGAGUGCUUGGCCCAGGCCGACAACCUCCUUUCAGAUGCUGCCCCUUUUGUUUUGGAGCGUCCCGGGAUUUUCCCUCUGGCUUCGGACGUGCUGAGGCAAGCUCGGUCGUGGGCGGCGAAUGGAUCCCAGCCAGACCGCUCCGGCUAUCAAACAGCUGCCUCCGAGGUUCCCGCCAACAGGCUCCCAAAGGCAAACCCGAAGCCGAAGCGCCCGACCGUGGCACAGCUCGCCAGCCAGCAGGAGGCAUUGUCAAAAGCCGUUGCCGGGAUUGCCGAGCAACUGUCAUCACUACCAGUGUUGGGGGAGUCUCCUCCAGCCCAGGCCCCGACACCGGCCCCAGCAGCAGCCCGGAGCAUCUUAGCAGCGCCUGUCUCAAGCCACCUCGUACAGCCACCGGUCGACCCAAGGACAAGCCUGCCCGAACUUCUAGGCCCCCCUCCUCGGCUUCGAAAUGCCCUGCAGGUUGCUGCCCAAGACCAGGCGGAGGAAGAGCCAGCGGGCUUCACUGGUUUCGGCGCCAAUGCCGGCGAUCUGCCAAUCCCUGCCGAGGCCUCCAGUGCCUCCUUAGCCGAGGCCAUGCUUUUGCAAUCCAAGGCCCUGAGCGCUUUGGUCAGCCAGCUGGCUCAAUCCCAGGACCCCUUGGCUGUCGACCUUUCUUCGGCACCAGCCUCAGGCUUCUCGACCCGAGGCACUUCAGCACGGCAGAAAAUGCAGGCAGAGCUUCUUCAGAGGGACGGUUCUUUUGCAAAGCGCCUCCGGCAAACCGCCCUGCGGCGCAUAUCCCCGACUUCGGCCGAGCCUGCCGAAGCCGACCUCAUGACCCGCUACUUCGAGAGGUUCGGAGGUUUUGGAAGCCAAAAGCUGCUCGGCCUCUUCCAAUACCAGCUGGCCCAGGUCAGCGAUCUGUUGGCCCAGGGUUCUCCGAACGGGGCGGCCGACCUGGUGGCACAGCUUAUUAUCAUGGUCGAGCAGGUCAACGCAGAUGGUGGCAAGCACGACCUAGGGUUUCUUUUCAGCCUGCAGCCGGACCCCCCUGCUUCGGUGUUUGUGAACCACCCGUCGCUGCCGACUGCGGCGCUCAGGCCUUUCUCGCCGCUCGCCGAUGCCCGGCUUGUUGCUUCUACCCUUGCCUAUGUCAAAGAGCUGGAGACUUUGUCAAGCAGGCGCCUCGAGUACGGGGCUCCUCCGAAGAAGCCCAAUACCCCGCCCCCGCUUGCGAAGGUGCCGCCGCCUGGGCCCACCCAGGCCGAUCCGAGUGCCGAGCCUGCCCUGACAAAGAAGCAGAUGCGUGCAAAGGCGUGGGCGAGCCGCCGGGCCGCCGAGGGGAGCUGA